CCUUAAUCCACUCAUCUUCUAAUUGUAGGGUUGAAGGGGCAAGGCGCCAUCUCCGUUUCAUUUCUCCUUAAUUCUCUCCUGGAGCAGAAAUCCAAUAGACAUGGCUUCCCUUUGCAGGUCGGCUGUUAUGGCGGGCUCGAGGUCUCUAGCUGCACGGUCCAAAACCCUAACUCAGAAAUCCCUCUUCUCAUCCUCUCCCUUCACUUCGCCUUCUGCUCCGCGGGUAGUCCGAAGCGCUUCAAGUUGAACCCCUUUUCUGGGUUUACUGGGCGGUGGCUGUCAGGGUUGUUUCAACUAUAGGGAGCGUGGAUUCGUUGAUACCGUUUCAUAGUGCGACGGCGAAUGCCCGCCUUAUUUCCAGCAUUGCAGCUGAUUCCUCUUGCUGGAGCUGGCUUUCUCAAGACUCUGCUAUUCCUCGGUGACAAGGAAAUUCAGUUUUUUUCAAACCAACUUGGAUAGGACCUCAGAAAGGUUACUGCAUCCUCUUCAUUCUUCUUGUUAUGUCUGAAUGCACUUUGAAGCGAAUGCUUACGAGGUAGUAGGUGCCUAUCAUUUCCUGGCAAGAACUGUAUUGAUCUGAUUUUGACAAAUUGGUGGUAUGAUGGUAUCCAUCAUUUUCUCUAGUUCGAAACUAUUAGACAUUGAUAGAAAUAAUUGGUGGUAUAAUUGAUGACAUUGAUAGAAAUAGUUCAUAAGCCUUCUGCUGUUUCUCUUGGAUUGUGUUGAUAGCUCGGUUCAAGUCAAAAACUUCCAGCAGCGGUUUAUGAAUAGCAAUUGUGCUCUGUUCUUCUCCAACAAGAGUAGUUCGGAACCCGAGAUAUUGAAAUGAUGGCAUUUUGAAGAACACUCCCAUUUCAGAACUGCAUCCCACCCUUAGCAACAAUCAAACAAGGCGAACAUGCAAUCUGAAACCCAUGUCCGAUUGCUCUGUUUUGGUCCAUCGCAGCAUAAUUAAUUUCUUCUGAUGUAAUCCGAUUCUCACGACCAGCGAUCUUGAACCAGUGGCUGACACGGCCAUUGAAGCUUCCUAAGUUUCAGAGGAUUAACACAAACUGGCUGAACAUGGUGAAAGCAUUUUGCUGAAGAUUGAAAAGACCAGAGGAUUGGUUAAUCAAUUUCUUCAGCCUCUGUCAUGGAGAAAACAUCCAAUGGAUAUAUUAGUAGACCAAUGGAAAAUGGUCAUAAGGUAUCAUCAUCAUCAUCAUCAUCAUUACCUUGGCUUGAUUUGAAAGUACUCUAUGUUCGAGUUAGCAAGUGUGAGAUCGACGAUUCAGAAACACCAGAAUACCUCAUUGUAAACCACGUUCCGCUAUCUCCCGAUGCCCUUCUCGAAGUCAAUGGUGUUAGAACACUCAUAGACUCCGACGGCGCAUCCACACUCCUUCGGAGAGACCGGUUGGAUAAGAAAUCCGAGGAAGCUACAUUCGUGAGCACCGACAAUGUGAGGACGACAGGUAGCAUGAAGUUCAAUGUUUUCAAUAACCAUACUCUGAUACUGCACGGGGAGUUGGAAUUGAGAAACCAUUCUCAUCCGAGGUGGAGCAUGAAGUGCGAGUCAGACGUAACUACUGGCAGCAGCAGCAGCUUCCUGAAACCCAAACAGUUUAUGGGUUCAGAUUCACCAAGCUCGCCUAGCAUCGAGGUAUACGUUGCUGGAUCAUUCUUGGGGAGUCCGAUUAUCUUAACCAAGGGUUUGCAUCUCCACAUUCAUACGAACAGAGCGAGGAAAGGAGCAUGCGUGAAUUCUAUAGCCGAACAUGAUGAAAUUGUUGGGAAUCUUAUGGAGAAUGGGCCAUCCAACAGGCUUCCUUUACAGUCAGCAGAAUCCCCAUAUGUACAGAAGCCCGAAAAUGAAGAAGGGUACAACGAUGGCUAUCGGAGGAUGGAUUACUACUACAUGGAAGAAGAUGAAGAUGGGGAGCUCUCGUGGUUCAAUGCUGGUGUUCGAGUUGGUGUUGGGAUUGGAUUGAGCGUUUGCCUCGGUAUCGGUAUAGGUGUAGGGUUGCUAGUUAGAACAUACCAAGGCACAACUGGUAACUUCAGGAGGAGGCUAUUCUGAUUGCUUAAGUUAACAACUACAAUACUAUGGAAAGGCCAUCUUGUUAUUUCUUUGGUCUAAAUUUCGUACUUGCCGUUGUUAGCAAAUCCAUUUUGAUGCCAACAGAUCAACAUACGAAGAAAGUCGUUUCGAUUGUGGAUUUUGGGUGAAUAUGACUGUUGGAUUUUCAUGAUUUCGAAAUCACCCUGAUUUCUUCUCGACAACCUAACCCCACCAAUUCAAUAGGAUUCAUGAAACGAAAGAUGUUCUUACUUACAAAGCAUUCAAGAGUUCUGUUCUAAUCCAUGUACUUCGAGGUCGGGGCCGAUUCAAGCCUCUCUUCCAACAAACUACCAGCACUAAGGCCAUUCUACCGAAGCCAAGACUAAUAUUCACAAACUCAUUUAACAGUUAUUACUUUUUAGGCAUCGAAUGAAACGGCAGAACCACACCAGCCAAACUGUUUGGCUGUGAUCGAAGUUCGAUACGGAGCAACCAUCGAAGUUAGAUACGGUAGCAAUUCAGGAAUGCUGAUCAUCUUGUGGUAGAGGACGAGCUGCACGACGGAACCAGGUGUUGAAAGCAGUCAUCAAGUGCGGACAAUCUUCAACGUUCCUAGUCGAGAAGCUGAGGCACUGCUGAAGCAAUUCUUGGGCAUCUGACAUGGGAAGGGUUGAGAUUAUCAUCAAGAAUGUCUCCUCAAGCUCCAUAUACAGUGCCUUAUGACCAGGCGACAUAGGGGAGACGUUGUCUUUGCAUAUAACUAGAACAGGAAGCCAGUCCUGUACAAGUUUCAUCCUCACCUCUCUAGCAGCCAGAAUGGAACCAGUAGCAACCGCAGAGGCAAGCUUGUAAGUGCAACGAAUGACAAUGGCUGGAAGGCCAGGGACGAUGUUCCUCCACGCAUCAUCCCGGAAAGCCCUCUGCAAGUCAGCUGUGAAACCAGACUGCUCACUCCACUCCUUCACGGCCUUAUCCGCCACCCUCAGCUCAAUCAUCCUCUCCACAAUCCACAGCAAAUGUUUCCCAUUGGUCAUGGCAGUGUGCAGGUUCACCCGCUGUAUGGCUUCAGUCUCAUUGUGGCCGCCUCUGAAAUCGGGACUCGAGUACUCCUCCAACGAAUCCUUCACAACCCUGAAGCUCCUCCUGAAAGCGUUCUCCAACGCCGUCCUGGCAGCAUCCCUCGAGGAGAAAUCCCUCAACAGCUUGGCAACAAACGCCUUCACGAAGGCCAGGUUAGGCUGGUUGUGAAUGGCCGCGGCAGCGAUCAAUCCCUCGAGCAUUUCCGCACAGGAAUCCUCGUCCUCCGUCGAAAUCCGGGCCAAAAGCUCCUUGGAUUCAUUCUCUCUGAGAAACGGAACCAGCUGCAGCACCCGCCUCUCUUCCUCUUCAUUCCACGGAACCGCCUCAAGGAAUCUCACACAAUACGUGAUGCAAUCCUCGAACAUCAAGUGCAGCGCCGCCGGAAGCAGGUCGAGCGCGACCGAGGCCGAAGAUAUCACCGACGGGAAAUCCUCCGUGUAAAGGAGCUUCAGCACCGCGAGACGAUGAUCAAUCGAACCCUCUCCGAGCGGAACACCGUAUCUCAGAUGCUUCAAUUUCGCAUCGGAACCGCCAGAGACGUCAUCGGGCCCCUUCUCAGCAUCCUCGUUGCUGCUCGUGUUGCUCCGCUGCCAGCGAUCGGACAAGAGAGCGGAGAAAUACUUCGCGCGGCAGAGGACAUCGGAAUGGAGGUAGAUCAGGACGUCCGAACGCUCAUCGGUGACGGGUGGAGAGACCUGGCCGGAGGAACCGUCGAUGGUGACAAUGGUGGGGUCGAGGAAGAGGCGGAGGAGUACGUCGGCGGUGGCGGGAUCGUCGAACGAAAUGGCGGCAUCGGCAGCGGCGGAGGUGGCGGAGGACGAAAGGAGCUGUGGAUGGGAGGAUGUUCGCCGGAUCUUCUGAGAAGUUUCGCUGAUGGUUCUGUCUGCGACGGAAUCGAUGAGAGCGGAGGUGGAAGAGACGGAAGCAGCGGCGGCGCCGCCGGCGGUAUGGUAGCGGUUGUGGACAGCCACGCGCGGCCGUUUCUUAGGGUUCAUCCGGAGCAUUUUUGGUAGAGAGGUUUCGGCGAUCAAAUUGGGGGAAGAAGAACUGCGGCUGAUUUGUUAUCCGCGAGAGGAAAUGGGGAGAG